CGAUAUCGCAAAUAUAUUUAGAGUAUGUGUAUUGGCUGUGUCAGUUUACGUCGUUAAUAUUAUAUAUAAAAACGAAUGUGUGGAUACUAUUACUACGUGUAGUGGAACUCAUGCACCUCUAAAGAAAAUAUGUUCAGGUGACUUGAUUUUCGAAGAACACUUUAAUUCGUUGGAUAUGACAAAAUGGGAACACGAACAAACUUUAUCUGGGGGUGGAGUAGAAUGGAGAAUUUCAAUGGUAUACCAAUAAUCGAAGUAACAGUUAUGUUCAAGAUGGUAAAUUACAUAUAGUACCAACUUUAUUAGCUGAUCAUUAUGGUGAAAAAUUUUUGUAUAGUGGUACACUAGAUAUAAACGGUGGUUAUCCCGCUGAAGGGUGUACAAACCCACAAUGGAAUGGCUGCAAGCGAACUGGAACAACAACGAAUAUAUUGAAUCCAAUCAAAAGUGCUUGCCUUCGUUCUCUGUACUCGUUUGCUUUUAAAUAUGGAAAGAUUGAAAUUAGGGCUAAAAUACCUGCAGGUGAUUGGCUCUGGCCAGGUAUCUGGUUAAUGCCCAAAUGGAAUCAGUAUUCUACAUGGCCAGUUUCUGGGGAAAUUGACAUUAUGGAAAGUCGAGGUAACAGGCAUCUAGUUAACACAUCAACAGGAGUGAAUAUUGGAGUUCAACAAGUAGGCAGUUCCUUGCACUGGGGUCCCCAUCCAUUUUAUAAUAGAUAUCCUUACGCUCACUAUGAAAAAGAGUCACUAAAAGGCUACAAUGUCGAAUUUCACAAUUAUCAAUUGGAAUGGACUUCAAAUUACAUUAAAUUUUCAAUUGACGAUGUGAUGACAGGAAUUGCAGUUCCACCUGAAGGUGGAUUUUGGGAGUUAGGAGAGUUGAAUAAAACGGGAUUGGAUAACCCAUAUAAAAGAGCUUCAAAAAUGGCUCCGUUCGAUCAAGAAUUUUAUAUUAUUUUUAAUACAGCUGUAGGUGGACAAAACGGUUACUUUCCAGAUAAGAAGGAAGCAACUAAUUCGCCAAGAGACAAACCGUGGUCAAAUAACGCAGGUGAUGCUACUACUGCCUUCUGGAAGGGGAGGGAGCAAUGGCUUCCAACUUGGAAUAUUGGCACAGAUGAUUCCCACCUACAAAUAGAUUAUGUUAAAGUAUGGGCAAUUUAG